AUGACCAUAGAGGAUCUCCCAGAACCUUCCUUAGAAGGAGAUUCCCUUGUUGAAAGAGAACGGUUCUUAUUCCCAAACUCUGAAACAUCUGUUACUUUUUCAGUUGCUGCAGCACCAAUGCCUUCAGACUGUGAGUUUUCCUUCUUUGAUCCCAAUGAUGCAGCGUGCCAAGAAAUACUUUUCAAUCCCAAAACAUCAGUUUCUGAAUUGUUUGCUAUCUUAAGGCAGUGGGUUCCGCAGGUCCAGCAGAAUAUUGACAUUAUUGGGAAUGAGAUCAUUAAAAGAGGUUGCAAUGUGAAUGACAGAGAUGGACUGACGGAUAUGACUCUCUUGCAUUACACUUGCAAAUCAGGGGCUCAUGGUAUUGGUGAUGUUGAAACCGCUGUAAAAUUUGCGACGCAGCUUAUUGAUUUGGGUGCUGAUAGCAGUUUACGCAGCCGCUGGACAAAUAUGAAUGCCUUGCAUUAUGCUGCCUACUUUGAUGUUCCAGAACUUAUUAGUGUUAUUUUGAAAAAUGCAAAGCCAAAAGAUGUGGAUGCCACCUGUAGUGAUUUUGAUUUUGGAACAGCUUUGCAUAUUGCUGCAUUUAACCUAUGUACAGGAGCUGUCAAGUGUUUACUGGAACAUGGAGCAAAUCCUGCCUUUAGGAAUGACAAAGGGCAGAUUCCAGCGGAUGUGGUUCCUGAUCCAGUAGAUAUGCCACUGGAAAUGGCAGAUGCGGCAGCCAGCGCAAAAGAAAUCAAGCAGAUAUUGCUGGAUGCUGUGCCUCUCUCAUGUGACAUCUCAAAAGCCAUGAUUCCAAACUAUGAUCAUGUCACAGGCAAGGCCAUGCUUUUAUCACUUGGCCUGAAACUGGGAGAUCGUGUUGUUAUUGCAGGACAGAAGGUUGGUACACUAAGAUUUUGUGGCACAACGGAAUUUGCCAGUGGCCAGUGGGCUGGCAUAGAGCUGGAUGAACCAGAAGGAAAGAACAAUGGAAGUGUUGGAAGAGUCCAAUACUUCAAGUGUGCACCGAAACGAGGUAUCUUUGCACCUCUUUCUAAAAUAAGCAAGGCUUCUGAUCACAAAAAAACCUCCAUACGAAGUUCUUCCAUGCGGUCUUCACCUUUGGUCAAAUCCAAGAAAAUAGAUGUGACGCACGUAACUUCCAAAGUGAAUUCUGGUCUAAAUAUGGCAAAAAAAGACAGUGCUUCUGAAACCAACUUUAUGGCUGCUAACAGGGGAAAAACUGUACCUGUGAAAGACGGUUUUCCUGUGUACAGCAGCUCUUCCUCUUCUACUACCUCCUUGGAAGGCAAACAGAAUUACUGCAAGAAGCGGAACUCAACUAGCAGCAAUAAAAAAGCAGUGACUAGAGUGUCUUCUGCCUCAUCUAAAAUUAGUGCUGGGUUGUAUAGUUCUCCAGCUACACGGAAAAAUCCUUUUGAUGAAGGAGAAAUUCGGGUUGGAGACAGAGUACUGGUGGUAGGACAGAGAACGGGCACUGUUAGAUUUUGUGGGACGACAAAAUUUGCACCAGGAUUCUGGUGUGGAAUUGAAUUGGACAAACCUCACGGGAAGAAUGACGGUUCUGUGGGAGGUGUUCAGUACUUUAGUUGUCCUCCCAGAUACGGUAUAUUUGCACCACCAUCUCGUGUACAGAGACUAACAGGUUCUCUGGAUUCUCUCACAGAGACUUCAUCGAGCAAAAUAAAUCGCACUUUUCCAGGUUUUAGACGCAGUCUAAGCACCACUUCUGCAUCUUCACAAAAGGAGAUAAACAGAAGAAACUCCUUUGUUAGAUCCAAGAGCUCUGUGUUACGGCGCAGCUGGAGUAAUACCACUACAGCUAACACCGAGGGACCAGUGAAGCUGCACGAGGGCUCUCAGGUUCUUCUGACCAGCUCCAAUGAAAUGGGGACAAUCAGGUACAUUGGUCCUACAGACUUCGCACCGGGGAUAUGGCUCGGACUUGAACUUAGAAGCGCGAAGGGAAAGAAUGAUGGCUCUGUGGGGGAAAAGCGCUAUUUCACCUGCAAGCUGAACCACGGGGUCUUAGUUCGACCUAGCAGAGUAACCUAUCGUGGGAUUAACGGGGCAAAACUUGUAGAUGAUAUUUGCUGA